GUCUGUCCCCCCGUUGCGCCUUGUCGGAAGGGGGGCGGUGGCUCGCUCGCGGGGCCGACCACUUUUUUUAUCGGUUUCGCCGGCGAGCUUCGGGACGAUAACAAUGGCCGUGCCGAGAGAGUCGCUCUGGACGCUCCACGACGACGACGAUGAUGUUGAUGAGCGAUCGCCGUUCACGGCUGGGGCUCGACCGGGUGGCUUCUCGCGACGAGGAGGCACUGUAUACUCGAGCUCCGGAUGACUCUCUUUCGAGGCGGGAAAUCACGCGCGAGAAUGGAUGAUUUGUUAAUGGACUUGGCGGAAACUAUGAAGAACAUUGUUGCCAAAGGUAUGCAAACAGAAAUGGGUCCACCGGGUGGAGGAUCAGGUUACUCUGCUACACCAAGCAGUGCUGGUUACGUCACAGAGAAGAUGUACAUGUUGUUACAAGCAUAUUUGCAAAAUAAGGGAUGGAAUCCCAGUAUCGAGCUGCUACAAUGUUUUUCGGAAUUUAAAGAUGCCUCCAUGAUGCCAAGCGCUGCUUAUUUACAGAUGAUGGCAUCUCGAGUAGCGUUAGAUUCGCAGGGAAGACUAGUCCUCAGAGAGAAUGGAAAGAUAAUACUUCCUUACGAACACUUUGCCAAUGCUGUAAUGUUGAAACAUAUGAAUGGACCGCAUGGCUUACAUUUGGGUUUGGAGGGUACAGUCAGAGCAGUCAUGGAGUCUUAUACCAUCGGAAGGGAAUGUUUUGGAAUGGAAAAGGAAUUUAUCAUAGAAGUCGUGCAGAACUGUCCUAAUCCCGCUUGUCGUUAUUACAAAAAUCAAUUAGAACUCACUCAGAAGAUGGGUCACAUGGCACCAACUUAUAUCCAGGAAAAUGAAGCGACUGCGUCUCUUUUACGUAGUGGUUUUCCACAUAGUACAGACUUUCAGGCAACACUAGGUAGUGCUAAUCCGAAUACACAUUUGGGAGGAGGAUCUGCAGCAGAUUUAGCAGAGAUGAGAGGUGCUGGCAAUCAAAUGAAUCUUCCACGUCCUCCAAGCCGUCCAUCAUUAAAUAUUCCGCAUCGGCCUGUAUCGCAAGAGAAAAAAGUGGCAUCUGGCAAGCAGCAUUAUGAAUCUCUAAUACCUAAUAUACCACUCUCCGAUCAUAAGUUGACAGACUUCUUACGCAAUAAUUUGGAUAACUUGGACAAUCUCACUGGACUUGGUUUAGGAAACUUACAAGGAAUAGGAAAUGCCAACAAGGAUCUGUUGGCAUUGCAUAAUGGUGCAUGGCCUUUAGAAAAUGAAAAGGGAUCUCGGUCAUCAUCUGCAAAUUCGGAAGGUGGUCAAGAGAAGAUUGUGCGUGCUUUCGCAGAGGUGAUGAAAAACAUGGCUAGGAUGAAAGCUUGUGUACGACCGGCGAUGUGUAAACCAUACGGCAAGCAAUCUGAGGCUCUUCAGAAAACAUUGGUCGAUACAAUACAGCUUGUACAAUCGUUGAGAAGUUUUUUGCCGCCCCCGCAUAUACCAGUUUCGAGCUGGAAGAAUGAAGAUAAACACCGAUUAGAUCAUACUGGUACUCCUUACUUGUCAUCAUUAAAGGCUGGCGGAAUAGAAGAAUUGUGCGAGCAGCGUAAGCUAGAUUAAGCGUCGUCUUCGCUUUACUCGCGACAGACCAAGUUUCGUCGUUUUGCGCUCUAUGAUGUUCUAGUCACAAGAUGUUUAUUGAUUAGCUGGGUGUUUCGUAUCUAAACAACCCGAUGGAUUGCUCAAAAAGUUGUUGGCGUUUAGGACUUCAAAUAAUAAGAGACAAAAUGAGUCAUGCGUGGACUGUGAUAAACGUGAGUAGCAAGAAAAAAAAGAUUUAUAUGUAGGACUAAACUCACACACCGCGUCAUUUUAGGGAUUCUUAUUAGCUUUGUUUCAUCACUGUAAUCUGAUUUUGUAUUGUAAUUGCUCUGCCUAUGGGGCUUAUUCGAUGAAUAAUAUACUAAUCCCACGUUAUAUAUAUAUAUAUAUAUAUAUAUAUAUAUAUAUAUAUAUAAAUAUAUCGAAUCUCGAACGUCAUUUGACAUCACAAAGUAAAUAAUAUGCAGUAUGAACAGCAUUUAUAUUUUACUGUAUCAAUUUAAUAAUUUUGCCGUUUGUGUUCCAAUAAUUACCUGAUUAAUAAUAUAUUGUGUAGGUCUUUUUUAUAUACUACUAUGUGUAUAAAACUGUUAUACAUAUAUAAGCUUAAGUCUUGGAAUAAGAAGCAAAGACUAAAUUUGGCCUGGUACAAAAGCUUUUGCUACUAAUUGAUAUUUAAAGUUCGCGGCAUAGAUGCAUAAAGGGAUGACAAUUUCCUCGAUUACCAAGUUUCACGUUAUUUUGUUUCAUAUGUUUUUAACUGUUUGUUCUGUAAGAUAUAUUCUUUAAAGUAGCUUUCAAUUAGCAUAAAGUGAAGUUAUUUAAUUAGCGAAAAAAUUGCCGUUACUCAAUUUAUGUAUAUAUAUUUUCUUCAAAAAAGUUAUGUAUACGUUAUUAUUUAUUUGUAAGGAUAAAAUGAAUAUAUAUUGUUGUUAUUUAUCUAAUACUGUUCGCUAUCGAGCACGCGAGUACGAAUGUUAAAAGCUGUGUAUGCUACUUUUUAAGCUCCAUGGGCAGUAUAUGCGGUGUGCACGUAAAAAAAGUCAUUGGUCAAUUCAUAGAUAUUUUUUAAGAAAACAGAUUAUUUCUUAAUACAUAUAUAUUAUAUAUAUCUAACGUACAUAAUAGUAAAGGAAAAGGAACGAAAAUCGUUGCGUCAUUAGAGAAUUCUCAAAGGGUGUGAUUCACACUGACGCUCAAAGACUUUUCACUGUGCACUAAGUAUUAUGCAGAAACGUUUUUACUCUUGCGAGAGAAACUAUGAAUUGGAGGACUGCGUUUGUGAUUUCAAUCGAUCGCUGUCUCGAGAGUAAAAUGGCAUAUCGUAACAGUAACAGCAGGAGUAAAAUCGUUUCCCACUCGGUUGUUAUACGCGCAUAUAAAUGAUAUGAGAUAAAAAUGUUUCCUUCUUUCUCGAUAAUGUAAAGUAAUAGGCAUUCGUCUUUGAAUGUGUAAGAAGCGAUGUACAUCGCGAAUGGAAAAUAGCGCGGUACUAGAAUGCGUGGGCUGUGUUUUGUGGGGGCUGCAAGUAUGUAUCUGAAAGAGAGAAUGCGAAGUUUUGGCUAUCAAAUAGCAAAAUUUUAUAUGAAUGCGCGUAUGUUGAUAAGAUGUCUUUCUAUACAUGUAUCUGUUAUAUUUACUAUACACGUAUGCAGCGAAUGUGCCGAUCGAUUACCAUUUUAGGAGUCGGAUCCAUCAUCUGUGCAAAAUAUUCAGUUGUUUGUUUCGUUUUUUAUUUUAUUUUUUUUUUGACAAAUUAUUAAUCUUUUAU